GACAAGGUCCCGGAAGACGCCGUUGGCGAGAUCCUGUGUUUGGGAAGUGUGAAGGACAAGGUAUACGUCGACUGUUUCACUAUCCAACCAAACACUGCGAGCGAAAGCUGCAAGCGAAUUCGCCCAGGCCGGUGGUUGUUUGGUAGCUGCUCUGGUAUUUGGAGCAAGCCCUAUAGCUGCCACCAGCAAGCUGAUUUUCGUUACCACUGGACCGGAGGGUGCUGUCAAGCCCAUUGCACCAUAUCUCGAAACAAUAGACCACUCCAUUUUUGCAAUGGGCGAAGAUAAGCAUCUGGUUCAACUGCUCAGCUGGAUUAUGAACGUUUCCCUCAUCUCUUUCAUGGGGGUGAUUUCAGAAGCGCACGGCUUUGCCGAGAAAAACAGGCCAAGGCAAUCUAACUCGAGACAGUGAUUGGCGACAUGUUUCGACCUGUGUUGGAGUCAUGCUUGAAACGACUGACGGAUGGAGCUCUGCUCCGCCUAGUGGAAAGGCAGGAUCUGAUGUCAGCCUUGCCCUGAAAGAUUCGCGCCAUGCGUUGAGCUGCGACAGGGCAAUAGGUAUAAAUAUGGAGGCUGACGAGCUUCUUUAAGCAUAUGGAGGCAUCUGUAACAGCCCCCGAAACCGGUGGUCGUGCCCUUGAC